GAUCGUUUCUGAAACGUCAGUGUAGAUGAGGAUCGUUUUCAUUCUAAAACGCUGUUUUUAAACGAGAACGCAGGAGUGUAAACGGAGCACGAAGCAAUUAAUAUUCAUUAGGCACGACUUUAUACAGUCCACUAUGGUCUACUAAAGCGGUCAUUGAGCGACGUCUGGAAAUCAUCUCACCAUUUCCCUAAACAUCAUUAGAAACUUUCAAAAACACUGAUUUACUCGAUAUAGUAAUCGGCUUGUAAAGAUUUGAGGCCGGUUUCAAGGCAGCAGUUUCGGUGUUUGAGUUUCAGUUUCGAUUUGAAGUAAACAGACGGAGUGUGAGAAUGGAGAUCUGUGGUCUCGUGACUGAGAAAAAUGAGCCAGUGCCUCUGAAGAGCAUCUCAGUGGAGGUUCUGGUUCAGGAUCAUGUAGCCACAGUCUCCUCCACUCUGCAGUAUGUGAAUGAGGAAGAGCGCCCCCUGGAGGCCUUGUUCGUCCUCCCUCUGCCUGCUGAUGCUGCUGUCUGCCACUUCAGUGCCAAGAUCGGAGAGCAGGAGAUUGUGGCAGAGGUGCAGGACAAAGAAACCGCGAGGGAUCAGUAUGAUGACGCUGUGAGUUCGGGUCAGCAGGCGUUUCUGUUGGAAGAGAGCGCAGAGAGUCCUGAUGUGUUCAGACUGAGUGUCGGGUGUCUGUCGGCGGGUCAGAACGCUGCCGUCACCAUCAUCUACGUCACCGAGCUCGCUGUGCAGGCCGACCACUCGCUGCGCUUCUGUCUGCCGGCUGUCCUCAACCCCCGAUACACACCAGCAGGUUCAGCUGCUGGUAUAGUCUCAGAGAUUUCAUCAGGAGCUGUUCCCUACACGCUGACUCUCAGUGUUCAUGUGAGCUCUCCGAAGCCCAUCUCCAAACUAGAGUCCAACUGCACUCUGGAUCCUCUAGUGUUCCUCCACUCUGAUCACACUCAGGCUACGGUGAAUCUGAGUCCUGGUCACAUGUUUGAUAAGGACGUUGAGCUGUUUGUGUACUAUCAGGAUACCCAUCAGACCUCUGCUAUAGUGGAGGCAGGAGUGACCACCGCCCCGCCAGGUUCUCUGAUGAGGGACCCAGUGGUCAUGAUAAGUUUGUACCCAGAGUUCCCAGAGGAAGUGAUGAAAUCACUGGCAACUCGAGGCGAGUUUGUUUUCGUGAUUGACAGAUCAGGCAGUAUGGGCAGCAUGAUGCAUCAUGGGAAAGGAGCACAGAGGCGCAUUGAAAGCGCCAAGGACACUCUGCUGUUACUGUUGAAGAGUCUGCCCAUGGGAUGCUACUUCAAUAUCUAUGGAUUUGGCUCUGAUUUUGAGAACUUCUUCCCUCAGAGUGUUGUGUACAAACAGAAAACAAUGGAUCAGGCUCUGAAGAGAAUAAAGAAAAUGCGAGCAGACAUGGGCGGCACAGAGACAUUACAGCCUCUAAAACACAUCUACAGUCAGCGCUGUAACCCCAAACACCCCAGACAGCUGUUCAUCUUCACUGAUGGAGAGGUGGGAAACACUAAAGAGGUGCUGGAUCUGGUGAAAAGUCACGCUCACUCUCACAGGUGUUUCUCAUUCGGGAUUGGUGAGGGUGCGAGUGCCGCCCUCAUCACAGGAAUGGCCAGGGAGGGAUCUGGUCACGCUCAGUUCAUCACAGACAGCGACCGCAUGCAGCCCAAAGUGAUGCAGUCGCUCAGGUUUGCGCUGCAGCCCGCUGUGGUUAAUAUCUCUGUGGAUUGGAUCCUUCCAGACGGUGUUACUGUUGACACACUGUCUCCACCCAUCAGUGUGCUCUUCCAGGGUCAAAGGGCACUCAUUUAUGCCCAACUUAAAGGAGAGAGUUCAGGAGGCUCUGAGGGAACAGUGUCAGUCAAAUACAGUCUUAAAGAUCAACCAGUAACAAACCAGCUCCACUUCUGCCUCAAACCAACUGAAGAAACAGGGUUGUCCAUUCACCGGCUGGCGGCUCGGACCCUGAUCCGUUCUCUGGAGCAGGAGGAGAGGUCCGGUGCUGCAGGUGUUGAGGGCAUCAGGAGCAGGAUUGUGGAGCUCAGUGUUCAGGCAGGAAUGAGCAGUGUUCAUACAGCCUUCAUUGCUGUGAAUAAAGACAGCAGACAGACUGUGAAAGGACCCCUGCUGCAGAGAAGAGUGCCGACACACGAUUGGUAUCGAUCACUUAACGCGCCACUAUGUGGAGGCGUGCUGCAGAAAGGAAUGUCAACAUACGAUUACCCUCGAGCACUUUACCCGCCAAUGUGUGCUCAGUCGGUCAUUGGAUGUGCUUCAUCACUGUCAGAGAUGGACAGUGGAGUCUUCUCUCGUAGAGUGGGGCGAGAUAACCAGGACGAGGACAUGGACCGGAAUUAUGCCGCUCAACCGGCUCAGCCACCAGCGCCUGAACGUAAAACUAAAUCACUGCUGGGGAAACUGCGUCGAGCACUGUCUCUUAAUCAUGAAUCCCAAAAGUUUAGACGCUCAAAGAAGAUGGAUGCUUAUGAUGAAAGUGACAGCUGUUCUGCAUCAUUGGCAAUAAAGGAGACCCAGAAGGACCCGUUACUGCAGCUGGUUUCUCUCCAAAAGGCGUCCGGCUGCUGGGAUCUGGACGCCACACUGGCUGAUGUGUUUGGGAAGACGGAGGAUGAGCUGACCAAUCAGAAACCAGCACAGGUGGAUGGGUCAGUAUGGGCCACUCUCCUGGCUCUGAUCUGGUUAUACGGCUGUAAAAUAGAGCAGCAGGUGGAGUGGCAGUUUGUGGCCAUGAAGGCAGCGUCAUGGAUCGGCUCUCAGAAAGUGGGCGAUCUGUCUCAGUGUGUGUGUGCGGGGAAUGUCCUGCUCGGAUGUCAGGUGACCAAAGAGACUCUGGGAAUCUGAAGACGUCAGUGUCUCAACCAGGGGCGGAUCCCGUCCAGAUAUAUCUGAGAUUCAUCCCGUAAUUGUUUGGUGAUCCGAUUCUCCGACCGCUCGCUCCACUUUCAUCAUGGAUUUAGGCCUUUCUGCCAUAUCGGACGAAACAAUAACAUGAGCCGAUCAUGAAAACUAAUAGCAGAGUUAGGUAAGAAUCUUGUAUUGCAGUUUUCUCUAUUGUUAAUUUAAUAUAAGUGAUUUUAGUUGGCCCAUUUUCCCAAACCAUUCAUUCAGUUCUCAAAACAAAGACACAUUUAGGCAGACAGAGAUUAGGCAGCAAAACUGAUGACACCAAUCAGAAUCUCUGCAUCCUAACAACUGAGAGAAGAGAGAGCUGAACGAAUAAUAUACAUGGGUUUUAUACUUACACAUUCAGUAUAAUUACAGUACAGUACCAGUACAUGAUGGAAAUUUCACUCUUCUAUAUGUACAGUGAACUGUAGCACAUGUUGUACACCUUCAAACGUGUGACUGUCAAAUUUUAUUUGUAACCAUCUUUUAUGUGUACUGCAUGUUUGCAGAACUGAGAAAUGACUGCCUAAAGAUAUAGUCUUGUGUCAGGAGACCAGGAAACUGCUAUAGUACUGUACACUGUAAUCAAAUUUGACCAAAUGCGCAGAGGAUGCUGAAUUUACUUUUUUUUUUAUUUUAUUUUGUACUGUACUGUAUUGUGGUGCAUACAAAGUUCAUAUACAAUUCUUUGGUAUUUGAACUUUUCUAGUGUUUUUCAUCUACUGCAAGAUUACUUUCCAGUAGUAAAAUGAAAAUGAUCUGUUCCCAAAAGUUAAUUGCUGAAUUAUUAUUAUUUGUAAUUUAAUUUAUGUUGUAUACUGUAAUAGACAUGAUUGAGCUGCAAAAAUAAUUCCUGAAUCCUAAUAAGAGCUUUUUGUUAAGUGUUAUUGAUCUCAUGAGUGUUCACCGGGCAGGAACGUCAUCUGUGUAUUUGAAUUGUGUGUAAGCAUUUAAGAAUACCUGUAAUAACUAGAUUGAAAAGUUUGAAAGACAAUUUUAUGCUGGCUUGUCUUAAAGUCUUGUUUAAGAAACAUAAAUAGUUUGGUCAGUUAGAUGUUCUAGAUGUUUGCUAAAGUGUUGCUAGUUGGUUGCUAGGAUAUUCUGGAUGGUUGCUAGGCUUCUGCUAUGCAGUUGCUGGGGUGUUGCUAGACUAUUGAUAGUGUUCUGGGUGAUUACAGACAUUCCCACCUCUGGAAAUAACAGAAUGUCUUCUUUAAUUAUAUAAGCUCAGAAACAUUUAUAACCUCUUGAAGUUUUUCAUAUUGUGUAUCGACUUGGUGCCAUGAUGGAUAUUGAAAUGUUAUUAUUUAUUUUUCAUUUUAAACAGUAUAGAUGAUUACUUAAUGGUAAUGCAAUAUUUGUGAACAUAACUGUGCACGUCAGACAAUAAAUCCCCAAAAUCUAUGCAUACUUGCUUUGGUGUUGCCACCUCUCAUAGACCCCAUGCCACCCUAAAUAUUAUUUUCUAGAUCCGCCCCUGGUCUCAACAUCCUGAUCUGUGAGAAGACCAAAGAACUGUUGGUGUUUCAUUACCCAUUUUUUGUUAGGGUUUCAAUAAAAUUGUGUUCUUUAUUAGCUGAAAUCAAUACCAUAUUAUUAUACAGAAUUUUUAAAACUCCCAUGGUAAUGUUUUGAAAUG